AGUCUGUCGCAACGAUGCGGCAUUACACAGGCCGAGUUCGAGAGCUACAAUGCUCUAACGACGGCUCUCUGCAAUAGCAAUGCCCUUCAACCUGGCCAGUAUGUCUGCUGCUCGUCCGGAUCCCUCCCCGACUUCUCUCCCAAGCCCUAUGCCAAUGGCACCUGCUACACCUAUACCAUCAGCUCGGGCGACGAUUGCACCGACAUUGCCAAAGCCAACCAGAUGAACGCAACCAAGAUCGCCACCUAUAAUGAAGAAACGUGGGGCUAGGCCGGAUGUCAGCGUCUGCAGAUCGGGCAACAUAUUUGUCUAAGUGAGGGUACGCCUCCUUUCCCGGCUCCGAUAGGCAAUGCUGUGUGCGGACCCCAGGUUCCGGGCACUCUCGAACCCACCAACAUGACGGUGAGCAAUUGGACCAACCUGAACCCGUGUCCCCUCAACGCGUGUUGCGACGUAUGGGGCCAAUGCGGAAUCACGGACGAGUUCUGUACCGACGAUCCUGCUGACACCGGAGCACCCGGUACGGCAAAGAACGGCACGAACGGGUGUAUCUCAAACUGUGGGACGAAUAUCACCAACAACGAGGACAAGCCGAGCCAGGUCCGACGCAUCGGGUACUUCGAAGCCUGGAAUUCGGAUCGGGCCUGUUUGCACAUGGAUAUCUCCAAGUUCCAAGGCAGCGACUACUACACGCACGUUCACUGGGCAUUUGCGAAUGUGACCACCGACUGGGCGGUCGAUGUCAGCGGCUAUCAGGGUCAGUUUGACGGCCUGCUAAACCUGACGGGCAUCUCGCGCAUUCUCAGCUUCGGCGGUUGGGGGUUCUCCACCACGGGCUACACGGACAGUAUCUUUCGGACUGGAGUCCAGGCUGCCAAUCGGCAGACGUUUGCCCAAAAUGUGGUGAACUCCAUCGUGGACAAUGACCUUGAUGGUGUUGAUUUUGACUGGGAGUAUCCCGGAGCUCAGGAUAUCCCUGGGGUCCCUGCUGACUCCGUCGAAUCGCCUCAAAAUUACCUCGAAUUCCUCAAGAUUGUCCGCGACCUCCUGCCCUCGAGUAAAUCAGUUUCUAUCGCCGCUCCGGCCUCAUACUGGUAUCUCCGGGCAUUUCCGAUCAAAGAAAUGGCCGACGUAGUGGGUUACAUCGUAUAUAUGACCUACAACCUCCACGGCCAAGGGGACUAUAACAGGACCUAUGCUGACCCGGGAUGUCCGAACGGCGGGUGUCUGCGCAGUCAGGUCAACAAGACAGAGACUGAGUAUGCACUGUCGAUGAUCACCAAGGCAGGUGUGCCAGCGAAGCAAGUGGUUGCUGGAUUAGCCAUGUACGGGCGCAGCUUCAAGAUGGCUGAGGCAAACUGCACGGGGCCCGAAUGUCUCUUCACUGGUUCCGACUCUGGGGCCGACGCGGGAGAAUGCACUCAGAUACCCGGCUACCUGGCCAACUACGAAAUCUACGAGAUCCUGGUGCAGGCAGAGAACCCCGAUCUCUACGGCAACAUCAGCAUCACGCAGUACUACGAUGAAGGCGACGUGUUGAUCUACAACGAGACCAACUGGGUGUCGUGGCUCAGCCCUUCCAGCUACGCCGCGCGGCAGAGCUGGACGGACGGGCUCAACUUCGGCGGCACCUCCGACUGGGCGGUGGAUUUGAACGAGACCUAUUCCAACAACGGGACGGGCAAUGAGCUCUCCAGCAGACUGAAAUUGGACUUCACGGACUGCGACUACUCGUUGACCUUCGCCAGUCUGUCGGAUCUCUCCACCCAGGCCGGCUCGCUGCGCACCGAUUGCGUCGGCGCCUAUACUCUGCAGGUGCUGAUCGACAUGCUGGACACGGCCUACACCAACUACACCAACGUGAACAACGACUACGACGAGAUGUUCGGUUACUAUGUGACCUACAUCACGAAGCUGGUCCCCUCGACCCUGUCAAACGAGUUCAUUUCCGAGAAGACGACCGCGCUCACCCUCACGGACUCGGAUGGCUACGAGGCGGCGCUGGCCAACUUCGGCCUAGAGGCGGACUGGGUCACCCUGGGCGACUACGAGAAGGACCUCGACUUCGUGGCGCCGCACGCGAGCAAGAUGUUCGAGUACAAGUUCACCGGGUUCCCCAUCCAGAACGACUCGAUGGUCGUGCCCAACCCCAAGGACAUCGUGACCAAGGGGCUGGGCAGCAUUCCCGACCUCAAGACCAGCAUGCAGGCGACCCUGCUGGACAUCAUGAUGGGGGUGUGGACGAACGGCACCUCCUCGGACGCGGCGCUGGCCUACAGCACCCCGGUGUUCUUGCUGAUGCAGGCGGUCGACGAGAUGGCGCAGGCCAAGGCCCUGGGCCAGCAGGAGGAGAAGG